GCUUAAAUACAGCAUUGAACGUCCUUGGUUGUAUUCUGGUGGGAUUGUACUGUAUUAGUUCUACACAGCUGAUAUAUCUUGAUGGAGUAUGACCCGGCUUCACCAACGGAUGAGUUAGAGGAUUGUUCUCCGUCGCUUGAUUUAUCAGCUAUUCCACUACCAAGUAUGUGAUAUUUAUAGCGAAAUCUAUAAUUAACUAAUUCUUAGGGCCAAUUAAUGUUCCUAUACCAAAGAGUGUCAGUGAUGUAUGUAAUAUCCCACUACCGCCGGCUGUCAAAAUAGAAGCUUCUGACAUUCCCUUACCAAAUCUCAAUCUAACAGUUGAAAAUGUAGAAGAUAAAGGACCGCCGUUUUAUCCACGUUUGUCUUCUUAUCUCCCGAAGUCUGACACAAUGGAGUCCUUAGGACCUCUAAAAUUUAGUAUGCGAAAAUCUACCAAGUCUUUACCAGGUUCAGAUGUGCCUACAGAAUCAUCCGGGGUUUUCGAAUCAUCUAAAGAUGUAAAAGUUGAGGAGCCUAAAGCCAUGCCUAAACUCCAAGCGAUGAUGAAAAGGUCAAAACCUUCUCAACUCCCUGUCGGUGUCUUACCUGCAAAAAACAAAUUGCCUGCUACUGAGGUCAAGACCGAUUUAUUUCUACCAACUAAAGAAAGUGAGAAUUUAAGUUCUACUUCAGAUCACACAAAAGGUUUACUGUCUCAUCCUCAUUCUGUUCCAUCUUCUGAAUCCAGUGAUCUUCAGUCUACUAGUUCUAUGAUCAGUUCUGGGCAACUGAUUCUAUCCGGUACAGUUGACAAGUCUAUGGUACUUAGUAAUAAUAUUGCGAAUAAAGCACAUAUUCCUGGAACAAAUUUACCAUUGAAGGCCUCUCCAAUACCAAAUUUAAUGAGUUUAAAUAUCCAACCGCUUCACCACUCCGUACCGAUCGUUGCCACUCGAAAUUUGAUCCAUGCUCAUGCUACUGAUCCCACUCUUGUUCAGGCGUCGAUACCCCCAACUGCUGGAAUGCAGUUUGUUAACCCCCAAAAGUUUAGAUCUGCGCAGAUGAUUGCUACUCCGUUGAUAGCUAAUCCGGCUGUUGCGAAUCAGUCUCAACAGAAUGAGGAGACGCCGAAGAGCAAAAAUGGUCGUCGUCGGUCAAGAUCACAUUCCCACAAGUAUCCUAGGUCACACAGACGGUCUCGUUCUAGAAGGUCUAGUGGAAACCGACACUCACGACGUCGUUACUCAUCUAGCUCGUCGAAUUCAGUGCACCGCUCUAGCCGUGCUCGCCACAGAUCGCGGUCAUAUCAGAACUCUAAAGAACGUCACCGUUCAUCUACUGAUCACGGUCAUCUUAAAGGUAGUAGGAAACGCAGUAUUGAUCACAAACGAAAAUUAGAAGCCUCUGAAAGCAUAGGAAAACGGGAAUCAGACAGAAAAAAAUUCCCCACAUCUCAGAAAAAAUUAGACCAUAAAAAUUCACACUUGGAAGAGACAAAGAGAUCUUAUCAUCGCUCAGGCACUCCAGAAAAAAAAAAGAAAGUAUGCGACAAAACUGAACGAUCAUCAUAUGUUAAAAAAAGCAAGACUAGCACAAAAAAUGCCGUUGCUCGACCCGUCGUCAAGAGCCUUACAGAAAAAGUAGAUUCUGAUGUUAAGCGGGAAUCUGAUAAUGUGCAAUACGUUCAGACGCAGAAAUUAACUUCACGUAUUACUGGUACACUCGAAGAUGUUUACCGUAAGACCCAUCCAAAACCGGGUUACAGACAAUCAUCAGAACAAACUGAUAGUGAUGAUCCCUCGAAUAGUAGCCCUAAUUCAUCAUCAAACAGCGAAAAUCAAUCUCCUUCUAGAAAGCUUAUGUCACUUAAGCAUGAACAGUCGAGUAAUAGUAGCUCGACGGAUUCCGACUCAAGUCAACAUGGGACUAAUCAUUCUACCAGUGAGGUUAAAAGUCGCCACAGUGAGGUUAUUCGGAAUGAACGACAAGUGAGUAAUAUGAAAUCUCAAAAACGGACGUCACAGUCACUCCAUCCAUCCAAAAGUGUGAAUAUAGGUAAGGCUUAGUCGCUACGUUGAGUUUUGGAACUACUAAUGAAAUUAUCACACUUCCCUCUAACAAUUAAGUAAACUGCUAUCCAUACAAAUCAUUCAGUACUUUGUAUCUACGCCCUUGAGGUUUCAUGACAGAUCAACUUUUUGUCUUCUUGAGUGUUGAUUUAAUUACAUCUGAACCUGUGUGUACACUUUCCGUUUAGGUCAAGUAACAUCAGUCUACAAAGCGCUGAGUGUAAUUUUCAGCUGUAUUUUUAAACCUUGUACAUUUUGGCAAUAAAUUUUGUUUCUCAGCUGUGGUUUUUUAAGAAAUCCUGUCAGAGUGAAGUUGUUAUUCUUUGGCGAUAUCUUUUGGGGUGUUUCGUUUAUCGAAUGAUUAAGUUAGACAGUUUUAUUGCGGGUAAUUUGUCAUUUGUUUACUCGUUUGUGUUGGUAGUUUGUGAUCUCUGUUUAGGCGGAGUCUAGUACUCGUUAGCCUUAGCCACCAUUCGCAGUGGUUGGUGUGUAGUCGUGUGAAUGUUGGUCCUUCCGCUAAGAUUAUUUCUUAGGGUUUCCCUAACAGAUUUUAUUCGAAUGUCUGGAAAUUACCUUUUGUUUUGUAGAUGAAAUACCACUACCAUCUCCACCUAACAAUAUACCAAAUUGUAUGGAAGUUCAGCCGGCGGAUAGCUAUGUCAUGGAGUCGGAGUCGAAUGUGGAGUUGGACACAGUCUGUCCACAUAAUGUAGAAGUUGAUAAUGCUCAGAGCUGUCCUGGGGGUGAGUUUAUCGUCACUGCCAAUGACGUCCCUGAACCCAUCUCAGUUCCUGACUUAUUUUCUCAUGUUUCAAGUGAACCUAGUUCCAUCAACGAGUCAUCCCAGCAUUUGGAUAUGCAAGGUGUUCAAAAAAUGUUUGAGGUGACUGAUGGCAUCCAGUCACAACCUGCUAGAGACCUGGAUGUGUUAGAUAUCCAGUGCUCUGAAAUUGUUGAACACGUAGAUGGUACACCACUAACAGUUGUCAGUACACAGGACAUUAGGCCAUGCGAAUCAAAAUACGACCUACGGAAACGGAAGAUUAAGCCUCAUAUCCCGAUGUGUUUUCUGUCCAACACUCUCAAUCCGUAUGAAAGGUUAUCCGAUUAUGAUGUUGAUCUUAGCAGCAUUUUUUCUUCGUAUCCUGGGGCACCUAUUCCACAAUACACUCACUUGUUGAACAAUGACUACAGUCUUUUGAGUUCAACCCGUUCAUCGAUUCCCAGUAAGUCAACAUACUCGGGGAGUGGUAAGCUUCUUGGGGCAUCUGGAUUGCGUGCUAGUUCAUUACACUAUGAGAUGCGACAAUGGAUUUGUGAUUGCGUCGCUCCUACUCCAGUAGAACUUGAUCUAGGCAUACUUUCCUGUGGUCCUGGUUGUAUCAACCGCGCUCUGAAUAUUGAGUGCGGACCGCAUUGUGCUGCUGGUGAUUUUUGUAGUAAUCGUCAGUUCCAGAUGAGGCUUUACGCUCCGACAAGACCUUUUUAUGCGGGUAAAGACAAAGGGUGGGGACUGAUGGCAACAGAUAACGUCGAAAAAGGAUCUUUUGUAAUUGAAUAUGUGGGGGAAGUAAUUGACUUUUCUGAAUUUCGUCGACGUAUCCGGCGGUACGAACGCCUGGGUCACGCUCAUCACUACUUUAUGGCUGUGGAGUCAGAUAGAUUCAUCGAUGCUGGUAGUAAAGGCAACUGGGCAAGAUUCGUAAAUCACUCAUGCGAACCCAACUGUGUUACUCAAAAGUGGAGUGUGGAUGGUGAAAUACGCAUUGGAUUUUUCGCUAAAGAAGAUAUUCCAUCUGGUCAGGAAGUAACCAUAGAUUACCAGUUUGUCCAGUAUGGGGUUUCUGAACAAAAGUGCUAUUGUGGUGCGUCUACCUGCUCUGGUGUAAUGGGGGCGACCAGCAAAUAUUUGCAAGAGAAAGUUCGCAUGAAAGAUACUACAAUGGUUGAAAGACGCAUUCUCCAACUCCUUCAAUUAGAUUCGUUCAGAAAUGCAGACGAUAUAACUCUGUUAUUACAAGUUAUGGUUCAAGAAUGCCUUACAAGGUACACUCGACUGCAGCUUCUCAACCGUCUGAUUAAAACAGAAAACGAUGCUUGUCUUAAACUUUUUCGACAGUAUAAUGGUCUCGAUAUGUUGGCGGCCUUUAUGUGUGAUGCAGCGCCAAAAGAUUGGGAACUCAAAAAGCAGAUAUUAGUUUGCUUGAAACACAUCCCUGUUUCAGAGCAAAAACAGGUACAGUCGAAUUCACGCCUUAUGGAAAUAGUAGCACAGUGGACUUCCAAUCCUCACCACUGUCGAGCACGUAGUAUUCCUCCAGAGUCGUGGAAGAGUGCUGAUGUACAUAUAGCAGAUACUUCAAAUGUUACUUUGGUUAAAAUUUCCACUGAUGAACUCCCUAUGGAAUCGAAUUUUGACUCUGAUGAAACAAAAUCACUUUCUAAGAGUACCAAAAACAAUGAAUCAUCUUCCAUACAAACAGGUGAUAAGAAUAGUGAUUUUGCUGCAUCACCUUCGAGUUCCGACUCAUUUAGUUCUUCCUUGAAGGAGAAUGCAUCAUGUGUGUUGCAUGCUUCGACACUUCCAGUUUAUGAAGAAGGAUGUAACGCUGUCAUUCAAACUUCGGAUUGUGAUAUGUCUCCCGUAACUCUUGUGGAUGACGAUAAUGGUGAAAUUGAAAUCGGAUAUGCAGCUGACGACAAUGAAAUAAAUAUGGAUACUGAGGAAUGCAAAACUAAGACGAAUGAGGAAUGGAUAGAGGAGAUCAAGGCUUUGGCUUGUGAACUGCUUGAAAAAUGGUCUAAAUUACCGAAGGAAAACUACCGGAUACCGCGAUUGGAGCGUCAAGAAACCGAGAAAAUGCUUCAUAUAUCAAAUCCAAUUGGUUCUUCUCUUAUCUCUUGGGGAUCGGAAUACAAAGAUGAUCAAGCAAUAUCCAAUAAAUCUUGGACUCAGAAUAGUAGCAGUAAAUUCCAGUCAAAUAAAACUUUGCGUGAUAAACUGGUUUCAUCUUUCAUUCGAGAGCAGAAUGGUCCCAAAGCAUCCAACAGUUCGUCAUGUUUAUCAAAAGCUGAGAGACGUAUGCUUUUCGAAGCUCAAGUUAAAGCUAAUGAAAAUCAAAGUUCAUCUGAAAAUUCUGUUCCUACAUCAGAUGAUUUUGUGCAGACAAAUCCGUCUAAUGACGAAAAGGAUACAGAUCAUCUUCGUCAGCUAUUACUCUGUGCACUUUUAAGUGAGUGCGGUCGAAACGAUACUGCCCUUUCAAAUCUUUUAUCUAACAUAGCAGUAGAAUUGAAAAGCAUGCCUGUUGUUUCUACUUUGUUACAAGCCUUACCUCGUAUGUUGACUUUGAUGUCCAGUUCCAACGAUUCAGAUUUGGUUACGCGUCUUUGUAAAGAACUCAAACGGUAUGCUGAUGAUGACUUAAAUUCAUUACCUGCGGGCUGGAAAUCAGCUGCUGACUCGAGUGGGCGACUGUAUUAUUACAAUAAAGAAACCAAUAGUGUUCAGUGGGAGAAGCCAUUAAUAAAUGUCAAUGAAAAAGAUGACAAAAAUACCCUUACUGAAGAGCAAUAUGGACAGAUGAAAAGACAGUUUACUCAUGAGGUUGGAAAUUACAUUUUGCGUCUUCUGAAGCCCUACAGACUACCUAAUUGUUUGACUGGUCGUAUAGACUCAAGUGAAGACUUUUUGCAUAUAACAAAAAAGUUAACUCAUUCAUUUGUAUCGAAGGAAUUAAAACGAUCAUCAGUUAGUUCACCACCAACUUUUUCAAAUGGACUUCAAGAACGUAUACGUUUAAGUGUCACACGAUAUAUGACUUCACGAGGGCCGGUAUAUAAGCGUAAAACAAAAAUCAAUAAUCCGAGGUGAUUUAAUCAAAUCUGUAUAUAGUCAGAUUUUUCUGCAUAUUGAAGAGCAAAUAUGGUAUAUAACUAUCUAUAUCUAUAUAUAUAUAUACUUUGUUACAUUAUAUGUGUGAUCGUAUGUCUUUUUUCUUUUCUUUUUAGUGAUAAUUUAGUUUAUUCAACUUAUAGCUUCCAUGGAAAAAUAGUAGGAAUUUUCAAUUUUUUUUUUCUCUCUCUCUUUUUUUUUCUUUUUGUUUUCAAUAAUUAAAACCAAUAUUGUAAAUGUUAAAUAAGACAAAUACUUAUUUAAUGGCAGCAUUUUGCUACAAUAAUUAUUUACUACCGGUAAAUUGUUUGGUAUUUAAAUUUAUUUUUCUCAGGUUUAAACGAAUAUAAUUGUACAUGAUGUUUUUUCUUCUUUUUUGUGUGUGUGUGUGUGUGUUUGUUUUAUUUGGGGGGGGGCGGGAGUCCUCUUUUCAUAGGAAUUAUGAUGAAAUGUUAAUGUUUGUUGUUGUUGUUGUUCUUCUUCUAAUUGAAGUUGUAAAUAAUGAAUGGCUGUGUUUUUAUUAUUGUGAAUAAAUUUAAUGAACAUAUUAAUCAGGAUAAUAAUUGUAGUUGUUUUGUUUGUUUUUUUUUUCAUGUACAUCUAUCUAUCUAUCUAUCUAUUUCUUAUUUAUUUACUACAUGGACUUCUUUAUUCUAAUGAUAUUUUUUAAACUGAUCUAGGCAGCUUUUAAAAUUAACUAUAGUAUUGUUUCCUCCCUUCCCCCCCAUUUAUUAGUAACUGACAGUAAUUAUUUGAAUAAAUAUAUUGUACUGUAAAAUCUUAAAUAAAUUAGUGUUUUUUUAUUAUUAUAUAUUUGUGUUUUGAUGUCAUUAGUUACACGCAUUCAGUAUUAAAUCAAACUGUACUGUAGUUGGAUAUUUUUUAUUAUUAUUGUAGUUUGUUUUAAAAUAUGUUAGUGUUAUUGAUAUUUCAUUGGCUCAGUUACAUAUUCUACACCGAAUUUGUUUUUACCGGUACUACGAACUCAAACAUAUAAAUAUAUAUAUAUAUAUAUAU